UCAUGUAAAUUUAUGUUUAUAUGAGAAUACGCAUUAUUAUUAUUAUUAUUAUUAACUUUUGUUACAUCUAGUGUCGCUGCCCACCGACAAAUGGAAAGCCCAUGCCCUGAAGCUUUUGAUGGAAACAUAUGGAUUUUCGGGCAGGACUUCGAGGCUUCUUCGCAGCUGAGUGGCGUUCAAGAUUUGUCGGCGAUGAGGCUGGUACUUGGGACGCUGCUGGGAGGUCGGGAGAAAGCAGCAUACGAAAGCUUAAGGCGAAAUACUCCAACUGUAUAUAAAAAUUUACGUGUAUCUGCGGGAGCAGUUACAUUGGGAGAACAGAAAGAAGGGGACACCUCCGGUUUUCUGGACAUGUACCGAAUAGCCUGCGUCUCAAGGAAACAAACUCUUAUGAUAGCGAUAUUACCAGACAUCUCCUCGAUACGGGUCAUGAGGUGGAAGUCGCGAAACCCUUAAAAUUGCCAAUAGACAAAUGAGCUCGAUUCUCCUCAAGUUUUCCGAAGCAAUUUUUAUCAAACGCUUGAAACCUGGUUUGUAUGUUCAGAAAGAAGCAGUUAUUAGUCUUUCCUUGUCCUGGUAACUGGAUGUCUUUAUUCUCUCAUUUGAUUACGUAAUCUUUGGCUUUAACCUCACUUCUUUGGUACAGUGUAAUUUUGCUUGUCUCUUGUUUCUAUGAUUUGAGCUGAAAUCAGCACAUUGUUACCUAAUUUAUUAGUCACUCAGCAUGUUACGCAUCUCUCGUCUUUAUUAC